AUGCCCAAAAAUCUCCUCUCAAGAAAAGUCUAAAUAUGAAAAUGUACUUGGAAUUCCACUAAUGGCCUUCUACAACAACGUAACCUGAAACUCUUGUGCUACAUCUAAUGGGCUUUACCGAUUGAAAUGUACUUCCAUUGAUGAGUCCUGUUCCCAUGUGAAUAAAAUUAUUAAUUAUUUCUCAAAAAUUUCCCAGAAAUUUAAAAGGGAAAUUCUCUGUAUCAUUGUUUGUCCGAUUGUUAUUUAUCUUCAACAUUAUUUUAUGUGGAGAAAAAGGAAUACAAUCUUGGGCAUCCAAUACCCUCUUCUAUCUUAUAGAUAUCACUUCAAACCUGUACCAGCUAACAUAAGAUGAUUAAGCACAAUUGUGAGGUGAAUUUCGCCAAGAUGGUUGUAUCAAGGGAUAUGAAGGCUAGAACGAAUAUGCGAAAAAAUCUUGAUAUAUAAUUCUUGAAGUUAUAACAACAAUCUGCAAACUAAAGAUGAGAGGAAUAUUAGCAGUUAUUGUUGUGAUGAUAGUGUUGAUGGGAAUGGUAGAAUGUAAAAAAGAAGAAGCAAAGGUGGCAUGCUACUACAUCUUUGGAGACUCUUUGUCUGAUGCUGGUAACAAUAAUCAACUCAAUACCUUGGCUAAAGCUAAUUAUCCUCCUUAUGGUCUUGAUUUUCCUGGCGGAGUACCCACUGGAAGAUUCUCCAAUGGUCUUACUUUCGUCGAUAGAAUCACUGAACUAUUGGGGUUUAAGGAGUAUAUACCACCAUACAGCACAGCCAAAGGGAAACAAAUACUAAAGGGUGUAAAUUAUGCUUCUGGAGCUGCUGGAAUUCGAUCUGAAACUGGACAACAUUUGGGUGAAAGAAUAAGCAUGGAUGAACAGCUAAAGAACCAUGCAGUGACAAUAGCAAAAUUGCUGUGGUAUGCUCCAUUAACAGGACUUCUUAACCUGAAAAAAUGCCUAUACACCGUCAACAUGGGCAGUAACGAUUACAUCAACAACUACUUCAAUCCAGACCAUUACUCUUCUAGCUCCCUUUACACCCCUGAAGAGUAUGCUGAACUCCUUACCACUCAAUAUGCUGUCCAACUUAAGAAACUGUAUUAUCUAGGUGCCAGAAAAGUAGCUGUAUUUGGACUGGGACUUGUUGGGUGUAGUCUUGGUGAAAUUUACAGCUUCGGGACAAAUGGAUCAUUAUGCGUAGACAAGAUUAAUUAUGCUGUUCAGCUUUUCAAUGAGAAACUCAUUGGAGUAGUUGAUGAUCUCAAUUCCAAGCUUUCUGGAGCGCAAUUUACCUUCAUUGGCUCCGGUGGAAGUUCAGACACCGGUACGGCCGUAGUAAAUGCUCCUUGUUGCAAAGUAAGAGAAGACUUUCAGUGUGUAGAAUCCAACACAGUUUGUGAAGAUCGAAACAACUACAUUUUCUUUGAUGGUUAUCAUACCACUGAAUUGGUCAAUAUUUUGGCAGCUGAAACAGCAUACAGUGCUCCUAAUUCCAAUGCUGUUCAUCCCGUUGAUAUCAAGACUCUAAUUUCUACUAAUAAACACUUCAUUGCAAACCCUAGUUCCACUAGUGUUAGUAGUGAAUAAUUAUCAAUUUUCGUAUGUUUUUAUUGUACUAAUCGCUUGCUUCCAUGAAUAAUAAGUUAUUCUAUGUGGACAUGAUGCUAAAAGAAUUAUUAUUUUCCAUUAUUAUGAUUUUUCUAUGAGAUU